AUGUAUUUUAACAACAACAGAACCACAACGCCUUUCGGGACCCAAUGGGGUGCUCCUCGUUACAACAAGACUCCUUCCAAGGUGGUUUCGAUUCCGGUUCGUUUUGUUGGGUCUGAGAGAAACAGAAAUGAUUCAGCCAUGGUGAUUCAGAGGGUUGCAAGAGGGUUUCUUGUGAGGAAGAGUAUGAAGAAGAUGUUGAAGAUGAAAGUGGAGUUGGAGGAGAUUGAGAAGAAGGUGAAUAGUGAAGAAACUGUGAAGAUGAUGAAGAAGGAGCAAAAGGAGAGGAUAAGGAUCGGUGAAACAAUCAUGAAUCUGCUUCUUAAGUUGGACUCUGUUAGAGUGUUCAAUUGUGGUGCUCUCAGAGAGUUUAGAAAGUCGCUAAUUAAAAAAGCCAUUUUUCUUCAAGAAUAUGUGGAUCAAAUUCAAAUGGUGAGUCCCACAGAUGAGGUGGAGAAUGAGGAUGGUGAUUGUUUGAUGAAGGUAAAAGAGGAAGAGGGUGGAGAUGAGGAUGAGAAGAAAGAAGAGAGUGUGGGAUCAAGUAUGAUGGAGGAAGGAACUGAGGAGGAUAGUUUGGAUGUGAAAGAAGAAGAGGGUAGAAAUAAUGAGAAGCAAACAUCACUUCUCACAUCUCUCACACAAAGAGUGGAACAACUUGAGAGAGCAUUCACUUGUGAUAAGUUGAAGAAGAAGAAUAACAGGAGGAGACAUGUUGAUGCAAAACAUAGAUAUAAUGGUUUCAUAUGA